UGGUAGGAAACUUGACACAAAAAAACAAAAAUGAAGAAUUUGAUCUUCCUACUGUUUUCGCUCGCAACUUUUGUCUCCGCUGAAGAAUUACCAUCAUUUAUCCACGUCUGUCCUAAACAUGAUCCAAAUCUGGAACAAUGUUUGAUUGCAUCCGUUGAAGACAUUCGCCCAUUCUUAGUAGAUGGAGUGCCUGAGUACAAGAUCCCUAGCUUGGAACCUCUGGUAAUGAAGGACUUUUUUUCUGAAGAAGCCGCUGGUAUGAAAAUCACCGUAUCAGAUGUAAAAGCAUGGGGAUGUACAGACUACUUUGUCAGAGGAAUAGAUGUCAAUAUGGAUACUCAUCUAUUCACCUUAUACAUAGAUCUUCCAAAGCUUAGAAUCGAGGCACAUUACAAUGUUGAUGGAAAACUUCUGGUCCUACCCAUAAAAGGAAAUGGUGACCUGGAAGCUAAUGUCACUGAUCUCCAUGCAACAGCACAGCUGAGUGGUGAAAAUUACGAAAUGGAGGGCGAACAAUAUCUAAAAUUUUCGACAUUUGAUUUACACGUCGAUGUUGGUGGUGGUUCUGCUAGACUUGAGAAUUUGUUCAACGGGGACAAAGUUUUACUUGGGAUGAUCAAUGAUGUGGUCAACAAAAACUUCGAUAUGUUCUUGAAGGAACUGAUGCCUAUUAUCGAAAAAUCACUUGCUAGUGUUUUCAAGGACACUGCAAACGCUAUCACCCAGUCUUUCACUUAUAAUCAACUGUUUCCUCAAUAACUUUCAAAACACGUAUAAUGCCCGA